CAUCACUAGACCGGAAAAGGGAACAAGACAACAUGGCUGCCACUGCGUCCCGACACUACGGAGAAGGUGGCAGAGCAACCAAAAGACAGAAAACUGCAGACGGAGGAAUGACAACGGAAAGUUACAAACCUGUGCCCUCCCCCGUGGUUCAUAUGCGGGGGCUGGCGGACGGUGUCAUGGAGGCCGACAUAGUGGAGGCCCUGCAGGAGUACGGGACCAUCAGUUAUGUUGUUAUGAUGCCCAAAAAGCGCCAGGCCCUGGUGGAGUACGAGGACCUGAAUGGCUCCUGCAACGCUGUUACAUUCGCAGCUGAAAACCAGGUUUUUGUUGCUGGCCACCCUGCCUUUAUUAAUUACUCCACUAGUCAAAAGAUUUCUCGGCCAGGAGAUUCAGACGACACGAGGAGCGUGAACAGUGUGCUGCUGCUCACAGUCCUAAACCCCAUCUAUCCAAUCACUACGGAUGUGCUGUACACCAUCUGUAACAACUGUGGUCCUGUGCAGAGGAUUGUCAUCUUCAGGAAGAAUGGUGUUCAGGCCAUGGUGGAAUUUGAUACAGUUCAAAGUGCUCAGAGGGCAAAAGCCUCUUUGAAUGGAGCAGACAUCUAUUCUGGCUGUUGCUCCCUGAAGAUUGAAUAUGCCAAGCCGGCACGCCUUAAUGUUUUUAAGAAUGACCAGGACACAUGGGACUACACAAACCUGAGUGGUCAAGAUGCAGAUGGUGAAGGCAAUUGGAACAAUUCACAAGAUCCCAAUGCCAAUUCUAACAAACGCCAGAGGCAGCCAGCACUUCUGGGAGACCACCCACCCGAUUAUGGUGGUCCACAGGGAGGUUAUCACGGUUACAAUGAUGACACCUAUGGCCCCCCUCUUUCCCAUCGCAUGGGACCUGGUAUGGGUGGCCGUGGUCGGGGGAGCCAGCGGUAUGGGUCUGGUUAUGGACCACCCCCUCCUGAGUAUGGUCCCCAUGCUGACUCUCCAGUUCUUAUGGUGUAUGGCUUGGAGCCCUCUAAGAUUAAUGCUGACCGAGUCUUCAACAUAUUUUGUCUCUAUGGCAACGUAGAGAGGAUCAAGUUCAUGAAGAGUAAACCUGGAGCAGCAAUGGUGGAGAUGGGAGACUGUUACUCUGUGGACAGGGCCAUCAGUCACCUGAACAACACCUUCCUGUUUGGACAGAAACUUAAUGUUUGUGUGUCCAAGCAGCAGGCCAUAGUUCCAGGACAGUGCUAUCAACUAGAGGACAGCACCAGCAGCUUCAAAGACUUUCAUGGGUCUCGCAACAAUCGCUUCACCACUACAGAGCAAGCAGCUAAAAACCGAAUCCAGCAUCCCAGCAAUGUUCUGCAUUUCUUUAAUGCCCAGCCAGAAAUCACUGCAGAGACCUUUUCCCAGAUCUGUGAUGAACUGGGAAUAAAGAGUCCUGCUAGUGUGAAACUUUUUACUGGAAAGAGUGAGCGGAGUUCAUCUGGUCUGCUGGAGUGGGAAUCCAUCAAUGACGCCAUGGAAGCUCUAGCAAUGGUUAAUCAUUAUCAAAUAAAAAACCCUAGUGGGCUUUAUCCUUACACUCUCAAGCUGUGUUUCUCCACUACUCACCAGUCCAACUAAAACACCCUCAAAUGUGUAAUAUUUUGUGUCUACAAAGAGCAAAUACAAAUGUGUUGUCACAUUUUGUUCAAUUGGUUUUGAUUAAUGCUAAAAUUAUUAUGUUAGACAAACCAAUCAAUUGUUUUUUUGUAUGCUCACAGCACAAGCCCAUGUCAGUGUCUGUUUUUAAUUAAAGUUGGCUUUUGACCAUUUCAGCAGUGCUUUAUACACCGUCCAUAUGUUGUAUACAGUGUAAUUCUGUUGUUAAACAUUCACACUCAUGUUUUAAAUUAAAAUUGAUUUUCAUCGAGACAAA